CCUACUUACCUGCAACCCUCACUUUUUCUCUCUUUCCCCUCCCCCACUUCAAUAACUACUGUAUAUACUAUUCGCAAAAAUGGGAGGCAAGAAGGCCGCCGGCGAGAACUCCAAGAAGGCUGCGGGCAAUGCCCGUAAAGCCGAAGCCGCCGCCAGCAAAAAGGCCGCCGAGGACGCCAAGCGCGCCGCCGAAGAAGACGCCAAGUGGUCCAAGGGCGCGAAGGGUAACAACAAGCGCGAAGACGCCGAAGCCAAGAAAGCCGAAGCCGCGCGCAAGAAGGCCGAACGGGACGCCCUCCUCGCCGCCGAAGAAGCCUCCCAGCCCAGCAAACCCAAGAACACGAAAGCCGCCGCGAAGAAGAACGCCGGACCCAGCCGGGGCACAUUGGAUCUGUCGCAGCUCGACGAUUCCCCCGCGAGCAAGAAGGCUUCUGCGCUCAAUGCGUCUGGUAUCGAUAAUGCGCUCGACGCUUUGUCGCUUACGGGCAAGGAUAGCGGCAAGGUGGAUCGGCAUCCGGAGAGACGGUUCAAGGCUGCGUAUGCGGCGUACGAGGAGAGACGGUUGCCUGAGAUUGAGGCUGAGAAUCCGGGUUUGAGACGUAACCAGCGCAUUGAGAUCUGUAAGAAGGAGUUUGAGAAGAGUGAGGAGAAUCCGUUCAACCAGGUGCAUGUGGCGUUUGAUGCGAGUCGGGAGGAGAUUGCGGCUGUGAAGGAGGCGGAGAGGAAGAAGGUUGAGGCUAGGUUGGCGAAAUGAUCUGUUUCAUUUUUAUUUUUUUCUUCUAUUUCGGUUUAUAUUUUGUUGUAUGGGGGAGGAAGGGUUUGAUAUAGUUGGGUUUGGAUGAUAUACCCGGUUUGCUUGUGGAGGGAUGGAUAUUUCUAAAAAGCAUAGAGCAUAUAGCUGAUAGCAGAUGAGAUGAUUA